GCGCGGCGGCUGGCACCGGGGGCCGAGCGCGGCGGCGCCCGAAGCGCACACAGCGGCAGGGCAAGGCGGCCCGAGGCCCGGCGGACACCGGGAGGCGAGAGCCGGCGAGGGCAGCAGGCGGCGGCGGCGGCGGCAGCGGCGGCAGCUCGUAGGCGGCGGCGGCGGCGAGGAUGGUGACUGCGAGGCUGUGCUGGGUACCGCUCCUGCUGGUGCUGGGCGUCGGGAGCGGCAGCGGCGGCGGCGGGGGCGGCCGGCGGCGCCGCCUCCUCGCCUCUAAAGUGAACAAGCACAAGCCGUGGAUUGAGACUUCGUAUCAUGGGGUCAUAACAGAGAACAACGACACAGUCAUUUUGGACCCACCACUUGUCGCCCUGGAUAAAGAUGCACCGGUUCCUUUUGCAGGGGAAAUCUGUGCAUUCAAGAUCCGUGGCCAGGGGCUGCCCUUCGAGGCUGUGGUGCUCAACAAGACGUCGGGAGAGGGCCGGCUCCGCGCCAGGAGCCCCAUCGACUGUGAACUGCAGAAGGAAUGCACGUUCAUCAUCCAGGCCUACGACUGCGGCACGGGGCCCCAGGGCACAGCCUGGAAGAGAUCGCACAAGGCCGUGGUCCAUAUCCAGGUGAAGGACGUCAAUGAGUUUGCUCCCACCUUCAAAGAGCCGGUCUACAAGGCUGUCGUGACGGAGGGCAAGAUCUACGACAGCAUCCUGCAGGUGGAGGCUGUAGACGAGGACUGCUCCCCGCAGUACAGCCAGAUUUGCAACUAUGAAAUCGUCACAGCUGAUGUGCCUUUUGCCAUCGACAGAAACGGCAACGUCAGGAACACGGAGAAGCUGAGCUAUGACAAGCAACGCCAGUAUGAGAUCCUGGUGACCGCCUACGACUGUGGACAGAAGCCUGCAGCGCAGGACACCCUGGUGCAGGUGGACGUAAAGCCAGUUUGCAAGCCUGGCUGGCAAGAUUGGACCAAGAGGAUUGAGUACCAGCCUGGCUCAGGGAGCAUGCCCCUGUUCCCCAACAUCCACCUGGAGACGUGCGACGGGGCUGUGUCCUCCAUCCAGGUCACCACAGAGCUGCAGACCAACUAUAUCGGGAAGGGCUGUGACCGUGAGACCUACUCUGAGAAAUCCCUUCAGAAAUUAUGUGGAGCCUCCUCUGGCAUCAUCGACCUCUUGCCGUCCCCCAGCGCCGCCACCAACUGGACCGCAGGACUGCUGGUGGACAGCAGCGAGAUGAUCUUCAAGUUCGACGGCAGGCAGGGUGCCAAGAUUCCCGACGGGGUUGUACCCAAGAACCUGACGGAUCAGUUCACUAUCACCAUGUGGAUGAAGCAUGGCCCCAGCCCUGGCUUGAGAGCUGAGAAGGAAACCAUCCUCUGCAACUCAGAUAAAACCGAAAUGAACCGGCACCACUACGCCCUGUACGUGCACAACUGCCGCCUCGUCUUCCUCUUGCGCAAGGAUUUCGACCAGGCAGACACCUUCCGCCCCGCGGAGUUCCACUGGAAGCUGGACCAGAUUUGUGACAAAGAAUGGCAUUACUAUGUCAUCAAUGUGGAGUUUCCUGUGGUUACCUUAUACAUGGAUGGAGCAACGUAUGAACCAUACCUGGUGACCAACGAUUGGCCCAUUCAUCCAUCUCACAUAGCCAUGCAACUUACGGUCGGCGCUUGUUGGCAAGGAGGAGAAGUCACCAAGCCGCGCUUUGCUCAAUUCUUCCACGGCAGCCUGGCCAGUCUCACCAUCCGCCCUGGCAAAAUGGACAGUCAGAAGGUGAUUUCCUGCCUGCAGGCCUGCAAGGAAGGGCUGGAUAUCAAUUCCCUGGAAAGCCUGGGCCAAGGAAUAAAGUAUCAUUUCAACCCCUCGCAGUCUGUCCUGGUGAUGGAAGGUGACGACAUUGGGAACAUCAACCGUGCCCUCCAGAAGGUCUCCUACAUCAACUCCAGGCAGUUCCCAACCGCGGGUGUGCGGCGCCUGAAAGUCUCUUCCAAGGUCCAGUGCUUUGGAGAAGAUGUGUGUAUAAGCCUCCCCGACGUGGACGCCUACGUGAUGGUGCUGCAGGCCGUCGAGCCCCAGAUCACCCUCCAUGGCACGGACCGCUUCUGGAGACCCACUGCCCAGUUUGAAAGCGCCAAAGGGGUGACCCUCUUCCCCGACAUCAAGAUUGUGAGCACCUUCGCCAAAGCCGAGGCCCCCAGUGACUUGAAAACCACAGCCCCCAAAUCAGCAGUUUUUGAAGAAAUGCUUCACAACUUAGAUUUCUGUGACAUUUUAGUGCUGGGAGGGGACUUGGACCCCAAACAGGAGUGCUUGGAGCUCAACCACAGUGAGCUCCACCAGCGACACCUGGACGCCACCAACUCCACGGCCGGCUACUCCAUCUACGGUGUGGGCUCCAUGAGCCGCUAUGAGCAGGUGCUACGUCACAUCCGCUACCGCAACUGGCGUCCAGCUGCCCUGGAGGCCCGGCGGUUCAGGAUCAAGUGCUCGGAACUCAAUGGGCGCUACACCAGCAAUGAGUUCAACCUGGAGGUCAGCGUCCUCCAUGAGGUCAGAGUCUCAGACAAGGAGCACGUCAACCACCUCAUCGUGCAGCCGCCCUUCCUCCAGUCUGUCCACCACCCGGAGUUCCAGACUAGCAUCCAGCGCAGUUCAGCGGCCCCGAGCGUUGCCACGGUGGUCAGCAUCAUCUCCGUGUGCGUGCUGGUGUUUGUCGUGGCCAUGGGCAUGUACCGGGUCCGGAUCGCCCACCAGCACUUCACCCGGGAGUCUGAGGCUGCCAAGGAAGCCGAGAUGGAUUGGGACGACUCGGCGCUCACUAUCACGGUCAACCCCAUGGAGAAACACGGAGCCCCAGGGCGUGGGGAAGAUGAGACCGAGGAAGAGGAGGAGGAGGAGGACCUAAGCUCCAGCAGCAGCGACUCCGAGGGCAGUGACGAGGAGGGGGAGGGGGAGGGGGAGGGGGUGGGCAGGGGCAGGCGCGGGCAGGGUGGAGCCGGGCAAGCCCAGCUGGAGUGGGAUGACUCCACCCUCCCCUACUAGUGCGUCUGCGCCCGCGCACGUGUCCCUUUUG